AUGGCGGCGAUUUCCGCGUCUUCGAGCGCUGACGGUUGUCUGGAGGGGAGAUUCGGGCAGAACUGCCAGCUUUGCCUCGACGACGAGGCGUGCUGGGAUGAACACGGCGACGGCGCGCGUUGCGACACGUCCAUGACGUUCUCCGCAGCGGUCCCAGUGAAGACCUUUGCCUGCUCCGUCUCCGACAACAUCCUCAGCAACAUUGUGGCGGACACGGACGUCGAGUUCACCUGUCAUCUCGCAGAUGGCGUGUGCACGCUGCCGAUCUCUCUCAAGGACGGCUCCCGUCCGCCCGCGCCCGCGAAGUGCGUGGCCCGCGACUGCGCGUUGUCGGGCAGCGAGGCGAACUGCUCCGACAUGAAGUGCAGCUGCGACGCCGGGCCCUGCCCCGGACCGUUCGGCAGAGUGUUCGAGGGCCUGUCGGGGGAGACGCGGUUCAGCUGCGAGGACUCCGGGGCGUGCAUUCUGCAGGCAGCGUCCUUCCCGUUCGCCCUCCCGCUGGAGUGCAGCGCAGGCUCCUGCGUUCCUGAAGCAGCGGAGAUUGCGGGGUCGGAUACGCAGUUCGGAGGGCCGGGCUCUGCCACGCCAGACACGACCUCCGAGGUCGUGUCCGCGAUCCUCCCCAUCGCGGUGAUCUUCGGGUUCGUUCUCUCGGUGUUUUUCGUCGCCGUCGUCCUGGACCUCAUCCACGCCCGCACUCGCGCCAAAGCACCCAAGUCCGUUCACCAGGACGUCGAGGAAACACGGGACGGGUCCGUCGCGGGCGUCACGAAGCCCGAAGCAGCGCGAGUCGACAUCGCGUGCCGUGACGUCUCGUGUUGGAUCGCGGCCACCCGCGGCUCCGUUGACGCGGAGGACGGCGACUCGGAGCGCUUCGUCCUGCGCGGCGUCAGCAUUGCUGUCGCGUCCGGCGACUGCCUGGGCGUGCUCGGCCCGAGCGGCUCCGGCAAGACCACGUUUCUCACAACGGUGGCGGCGAUGCUGCCACGUGGCGUCGAGGUGUCGGGCAGCGUGACGUUCUCCGCGUCGGGCGCGGUGCCGUCGGAUCUGCGGGACGUCGUCGCGUUCCUGCCGCAGGAGGAGCUGCUGAUGCCGACGCUCACCGUCGAGGAGUGGAUGACGCACCAGGCCAGGUUGGCGCUCCCGGUGGACACGCGGGCAGACGAGAUCCGCGCCCGCGUCGACGACGCGAUCGCGAGACUGCGUCUCUCGCGGGUGCGGGGCUCGCGGAUCGGGGGCGGCGGCGGCGCGGCUGGCUGCGGGCGACGCGGGAUCAGUGGCGGCGAGCGGCGGCGCUGCAUGAUCGCGUCGUCGGCCAUCAUUCCGCAGAAGCCCGUCCUCGUGCUCGACGAGCCGUUCUCGGGGCUGGACUCGUUCUCCGCGCGGAGCCUCAUGACGGACCUGCGCGACCUGGCUGCGUCAGGGAGGACGGUCAUCCUGUCGGUGCACCAGCCCGGGCCGCAGCUCUUCUCCCAGCUCGACCGCGUGCUCCUCCUCGCGCAGGGCAGACCGGUGUACUUCGGCCCGCCGAGCAGCGUGGACGUCUACUUCGGGGGCUGCGGCGUCGAGCGCCCCCGAGGCGAAUCAGUGGCAGACUUCAUGCUGCACGCCGUCAGCGACCCCGAGCAGCUCUCCGCGCUCCUGCGCAGGCCCAACGUCGUCGAUGUCUCGUGGGAGCACACGUCGCGCCGGAACGGCGCAAAACCGCAGUCGGCAGCCGUGUGCGCCAGCCUGCCAGUACAGGACGCAUCCCGCGACACGCGUGCUCCGGCGCGCUCAGCUCGGCGCGCCCGAGCGUGCGCUGUACCAAUCUUGCUGCGGCGGCAGUGGCUGGACAUGCUGCGGACGCCGAACCUCCUCGCGCUGCAGUUUUCGCUCAUGUGCGGCGUGGGCCUGCUGGGCGGGCUCGUCUUCUGGCGCCUCGGCAUGGACACGCAGGGCGCGCAGGACCGCGCGGGCGCGGUGUUCUUCGCGCUCACGCUGUCCGGCUUCGCGGCGCUCACCGCGGUCGACCCCUUCCUGCGCUCGCGCGCCCUCCUGACGUGGGAGAUGGUGCACGGGCUGUACCGGCCGUGGGAGUACGCCGUCGUGCACGCGGCGCUCGACACGCUCGCGCUGCGCGCGCUCCCCGCGGUCGCGUUCUGCACCCCGCUGUACUUCAUGGCGGGCUUCCAGCUCUCGGCACCCAAGAUCCUGGCCUUCUACGGAGUCGUGGGGAUCUUCUCGGCGGUCAGCGGCUCGCUGGCGCUGGUCCUCGGGACCGUGUCGCCGUCUGUGUCCUUCGCGAACCUCCUCCUCGUGGUGUUUUUGCUCCUGAGCCUCAUUCUGGCGGGGUUCCUGGUCAACGUGAGCUCGCUGGCGGCGUGGGUGGCCUGGCUGCGGUGGAUCUCGCCCAUCUACUACGCCCUGGAGACGCUCGUCGCGAACGAGUUCGACGGCCUCGUCAUCACGUUCCAGGCGGCGGGGUACUCCCUGACGCAGGUCCCUGGGGCUGUGUUCGUCGAGACGCUGGGGCUGUCGAUGGACAACGCGCUGCGCAACACCUGCGUGCUCUGCGGGAUGUACGCGGGGCUGCUGCCGGUCGCGGCGGGGCUGCUGUGGGCGCGGGUGCUCGCCAGCCGCGCGUCCAUGCGCCCGCGCGACAUGCACAGGCUGGUCGGCGCGCCGGGCGCAGGGCGGUGA